AAAUGAAUUCAUGAUCCGAAAGCUUUCGGAGAACUGCAAAUGUCUUUCCCACAAUCCUUAGAAUGAUUUGGAAAAAAGCUUGAAAGGUCAUUAGCCUGGAUUAAUUGAAGAUCAAUUCGAAUACUUGAUGGUUGAAUACAUUCAGGAUUAACACCGGUCAGCCUUUUGUGGAAUUUGAGAAGUUACUGAUGCUCUUUUGAAGAUUUGUUUAUUUUGCGAUUGUAGGUCAUUGACUUCGAAAACAGUUCUCAUUUAUGAACAGGUCAAUGCAAAAUGUUCUCUCUAUAUUGAUUUCAAGAUAAUCGAAAUCGUGGAAAAAAUUAAAGACGAAAAGAGAGAAUUUAGAAUCCAGGAAUAAACCGAAGGAAAUUGGCAACAACCGUUAAAAGUUGUAAAGUUAGCAAACUUAUCGCGUCUUUGACUCAAUAAGAAAUGAUUGACGAUAUUAAAAUCUAGCGAUAGAUAUUUGAUCAAAAGAACUUUUCAACAGGUCUGCGAGGUAGUAAACCCUAGAAACCCUAGCACCAAAAGUAUUUACAACCUUAAAACAUGUCAUCCCCCUUGUCGGUCAGAGUACGUCACGUGACAACCGGAGGCAGUGACGUCACAUCUUCUUCGUCCUCCCCGCUAGACCAACAGCGCCAUCACCAUCAACACCACCACUCGACAAUGGAGUCGUCUUCGGAUGACAUCGAAGAAGUGAAUAGCACCAGGGCAGCCGCGGGGGAACAGGGGGAAGUGAUGGUGGAAGUGGAUGUUGAGGGGGAGGGGGAGGAGGAGGAUAAUGAAAGUGUUCUUCUACCCCCAGCCCCCCAGCCUGUCAUCAUCAGAGGCACGGGCUCCGUCACCAUUUUCGGCUUGAGUAACCGCUUCGACACAGAAUUCCCUCAAGCACUGCAUGCUAAACUAGCACAGGAGGAGUUCAGACAGACGAUGGGCGAAGUGAACGAAGUUUUGAGACGCACUAUGCCUCUCAACUUCAGGUGGCUGCUAUGUGGCUGUGUCUGCUGCUGUUGUACUUUAGGAUGUUCCCUAUGGCCUGUUAUAUGUCUGAACAAACGAACUAGAAACACAAUCACAAAGGUGCUAGACAAAGAGAACCAGCGUCUAUAUCGAAAGUUGGGAAUGCGAUGGCAACUGAGCAAACAGCGCUGUGAAAACCACAACAUGACAGAAUAUGUGCUCAAGAUUUGCUUUCUGCCCAAGUGGCAAGUUCUUAGACCAGACUGAUCUUUCUUCCCCAGUCAGUCCCCCACCCAACCGCCACACCCUCUGUUCUCGCUCUACAUUCGUCCCGUGCAAUCAAUUAUCAAGACUACUCUUUUCAAUAUGCAACCGAGAAAUCACCACACCAACUCAAAAUUACCUUCCAAAUUAUAGGAGCGAAAUGAAUAUGAAAACUCAUAUAAUUUUUAUAUAAAGAAUGGCGCAAAUCAAGGCCUGCUUUUGCAAAUGAAUGAAACUUGAAUUGGAGUAUGAACCAAUCAAUAUGUUUGCUUUAUUUUAUCGCACUAGAAUAUUUUAGUGUGAUAUACUAAAAGUCUUUUGCAAAUAUUCUUGGGUUAAAUUUUUGUUCAAUAUUCUUGAGAGUCAUUUAUAUUUUCAGUUGAAAGGGUCAAAAUAAACGUUUUUGUUUAUA